AAACUGGAUGUUGGCCCAGCCAGCCCAUCUCAUUCCGCCCACAUGCAGCCUCAAAAGGCCCAGAGCCCAAUCUUAUCCUCUCCAUCGUCGUCCAACGAACGGCGGCGCGAGUGGGCGUGCAGAAGCCGAGAGAAGGCACUCGGCAGGUAGGUCUGUCGUUCGGUUUGUGUACAAGUGCACAGUGCCAAUGCAAAAAAUUAGCAUUGCUUUGGAUGGGCAGAUGGAGGGGCUGACGUCCAGUGAGAUCGCCGGAUUCGUGGUGGGUGCCCUGCUGCUCGGCGCCACCAUCGCUGCCCCCAAGGUCGACGGCUUCAUCGCCUCCUCCCAGAGAAGGUCACUAGGGAUGUGUAAGAGGUGCGGUGACCUUCGGAUUGUAGCAUGCUCGCAGUGCAAAGGAACAGGAUCAGCUCGGAGCGGAGGGAUGCUCAGUUUGGGAAUGCUGGAUGACCUCUACGAGUCUCUUGGAGCCGAAGCCAAGACUGAGAAUCUGGUUCCCUGCACAAAGUGCAGGUCGAGAGGCCGUCUCCUGUGUCCAGAAUGCUCCAAGGUCGCAUGACCCUGGAACCAAGGCCGUCUCCUGUGUCCAGAAUACUCUCAAUGCAGUUGUUCUCAGUGCUUUUGGUUGGGCUGGUUGGGUGUUUUGUAUCUUGUUCUUUUUUAUUCUCUCGUCUAAUAAAAAUUAUGGUAAAUAUAUUGUCAUCCUUCCCCAAAAAGUAAAGUAUCCCAAUGCAAUCUCACCUCAACUUGCAACUCUAGCCACUACAGAUGAUAGAACAAAGAGUAUACAUUCGUCA